UAAAACCAGUAUCUCCUUCCCACUACCGGUCUCCGCUCUGGCUAUUACUCGACGCUCGUCCGUUCAUAUUUCGCAUAUUCAGCAGUCGCCGAAGACGUUUGUUUCGUGACGUAUGCGCAUCACGACGCAGAAGGCAGUGAUCUCGUGACGAAAUUCGACGAACUCAGGUGCCACAGGUUUUUUUCUUCUGGUAGUACAACGCUUGAAUAAGCAAAAUGAGCUACGGUUACCAAGGACCACCUGUUCAAUUUCCGGGACGACCACGAGCACCAACAUCGUUUGGAGCCCCACCUGGUGCACCCUCUGCCCCUGGUGCUCCGUCUUAUCUUUCCAUGGGCUUCUCAAAUGCACCACCAUCAUCAUUUGGCAUGCCACAACCAUUCACUCACGCACCCACUCCUUAUCCCACUCAGCCAAUGCAUCCUGUUCCAAACAGUAUACCUAUGCAUAACACAUAUCCUCCCCAACAAAUGCCAUAUCCAACUCAGCACAUGCCUACACCAUGUUAUCCGAUCAAUCCUGGUCAACCCACAUCCCAGUCACCUUAUCCGCAACAACACAGUUACAAUAUGUAUCCUAAUCUGCAACAAGCAUCAGAGGCUAGAGAAUACUUUAAUGAUACAACUUCUUCUCCUUAUCCUCGUGGAUCGAAUGCACACGCGACUAGUUCAAAUCCAUACCAAGGCGGAAACUAUCCUGGGGGGCAGGGGGUAAGCUCUAAUUAUCCUUACGGCGCUAAUCCACCUACUGCUGCUCCACGUGGCGCCACCCCAGCCCCCCGGUUUACGCCUAAGACUUCCCCUACUGUUGUGCCUUGCAAUGAUUUUGAUGCCAGAGCGGAUGCAGAAGCAUUGAGGAAGGCCAUGAAAGGAUUUGGCACCGAUGAGAAAACUAUCAUUCAAGUUCUCACCAAUCGCAGCAAUCUGCAGCGUCAGGAGAUCACAUCGCAGUUUAAGACUCUUUAUGGAAAGGAUCUUAUAAAGGACUUGAAGUCCGAACUAUCCGGGAACUUUGAGAAACUUGUUCUUGCUUUGAUGAUGCCAUUACCUCAAUAUUAUGCUAAAGAACUCCAUGAUGCAAUGUCUGGUAUCGGUACCGAUGAAACGGUACUCAUCGAGGUGUUGUGCACCAUGUCGAAUCAUGAAAUAUCCAUAAUUAAGCAAGCAUAUGAAACGAUGUAUAGAAGAACAUUGGAGGAUGAUUUGAUUUCCGACACAUCGGGCAACUUCAAACGCUUGUUGGUGUCAUUGUGCUGUGCUAAUAGAGACGAAUCAUUCGAUGUGGAUCAAGCUGCCGCAGCGGAAGAUGCCAGACAACUUUUACAAGCUGGUGAACUUCGCUUCGGUACGGAUGAGUCCACCUUCAACGCGAUUCUCGUCCAAAGAAGCAUGCCACAGUUGAAGCAGAUAUUCGCGGAGUAUCAAAACAUAACAGGCCAUGAUAUCGAGAAUGCGAUCGAGAAUGAAUUUUCGGGCGAUAUUAAGAAGGGUCUACUUGCAAUUGUGAAGUGUGUCAAGAAUAGAGCCGGUUUCUUUGCGGAGCAAUUAUACAAGAGCAUGAAAGGCUUAGGCACGGACGAUAGCCGUCUUAUUCGACUGGUUGUGACACGCUGCGAAGUGGAUAUGGAUGAGAUAAAAAGUGUAUUUGUACAGCAGUACGGAGAAUCAUUGGAAGAUUUCAUUUCUGGUGACUGUUCAGGACACUACAAAAAAUGCUUGUUGGCAUUGGUUUCGUAAAACAUUUUUGGACAAUUGCAAGAAAUUCGCUUCAUUGCAUUUAUCCUUUGUUUAUGAGAAAAUGGAAGACAUCGGUUCACAAAAGUAAAAAUCGAAUAUAAUUAAGUACUGAGUAUUUCCGGUUUUAGUUUUUUAACAGUUACAUUGAUGACAAUAAUGUAGCUAGUAUAUUCUGUAUAUGCAUGUGAUUCACAAUUGAUUUUUAUACAUUGACUUAUGCAAAGAAAUCCCAGCUCGCAUAUGCGUACAAUGGAAUGAUUCAGUGCUUUUCUUAAUUCGUUGAUGAUUUUUAUAUAUCAUUACAUAUGAAAUAUCAAUAAUUUCAUGAGAACGUAAUUAAUGAUUAAUUAAAAUUUCCAAAUAUUUUAUAGAAUCUCCGAAUUGAUCACUUAUACUAGAUACUUUUUGUUUUAUAUUGCAUGUUCCUAUUUACUGUAAACGGUUCUAUUAUAAACGAAAGUAGAAUUUUUAAAGGGUUAGUGCCAAUGCAUAUGUCUUUUGUGCAAAACUUUAUGAAAAUCUGCUAGCCUUUUACCAUAGUAUUACAAUAAGACAUACAAAAUAAAAAAUAUAUUUUGUGAAGAUCUGAAAAUAAUAUCUCAAUCUGUCUCUAAUGUACCUGUCUCUAAUGCAUCAAACAAAACACAUAAGUACAUAAACGCUUUCUUAUAUAGAGUAAUAUGAAAAUGUUUACAUGAAACUUCGAAAAAAUGUCUAUUUUAUAUCUGUAUACUUAU